AUGUCGCACUUUGGGAGAUCCGGUCCUCCGGACAUCAAGGACACCUACUCCCUCCUCGUCCUCAACAUCACCUUCCGUGAGUGGGGGGGGCGACUGCCUUUGUCUAGGGUUUUCUUUCUUGACAGUUCGUUAUCCGCUGCUCUCAGCUGGGGUUUCUAUUUCUUGUUUGGUUGUGUGAAUUGGAGCAGGGACGACAGCAGAUGACCUCUUCCCGCUCUUCGACAAGUAUGGUAAGGUGGUAGACAUCUUCAUCCCAAGGGACCGCAGGUACGCCUCGGCGACAUGAAGAACGUAACCUGUCCUCCCCUCCUCCUCCUGCCGCCGCUGCUGCCGCCUCCGCCGCCGCUGCUGCUCCUCCUCCUCCUCCUCCUCCUCCUCCUGUUGUUCCUGCUGCGGCCGCUCCGAUUCGUACUCCGUCCGUGAGAUCGUGGGCUUGUGCGGUUAAUUAGCGAUCGGUGGCGUGCAGGACCGGGGAAUCGAGGGGUUUCGCGUUUGUACGCUACAAGUAUGCCGAAGAGGCUCAGAGAGCAGUGGAAAAGCUUGAUGGCUAGUUCUCCCGCUUCUUUCAAUUUCACAUGUCCGUUUGGCCUUUCCUCUGUUUUUUUUUUCCUUCUUUCUCUAAUUCUUGUGUAGAAAAUGCAGGAAGAACCGUCGAUGGGCGGGAUAUUAUGGUCCAGUUCGCGAAGUAUGGGCCCAAUGCAGAACCCAUGUAUGCUACCUAACUAAUAAGUAUUUUUAAUCCGAUGUGUACUUUUAUUACUUGAGCUGGGCAGCAAACUUCAUUAAUUUCUUUUCGGCAUUUGAAUUCAUCGCUUGAAUAUGACUAUACUGGUUUGGGUUAUGAUGACCGGCGGACAUAUUUUUUGGAACGGUUUCUUGCAACUCUUCGUUUGACUGGUUGGAUACCUAGCUUUAUUUGGCGGAGAGCAGACAGAGGUAGGCCUCUUCACGGAUGACUUAGAAAAUCGUAAACUUACUUUUAGUUAGGAAGAAGACUUUUUCUCUUCAAACACUUAGUCUGUUAUGAAGGUUUUCUUCUCGGAAUGUGGAAGUUGUGUCCAUAGGGGAGGAGCUGUACAUUCUUUAUACAUUUUCUGCAUGGCGGAUGCUUCUAUCUUCCUAGAUAGUCUCAUUUUGGGUUAUUGGGUAAAGCCCUAUUCGUUAUGUAGAACACAUAUUUUUUGCAUUUUGCCAUCAUCUUUAUGUUGAUACGGCGCUACCUUGUCCUCCUUCCUAUGUCGAUACAGCUCUGUCCUUUCAUCACGAGAGUCUCCUAUCAAACCUGUUCUCUAUCAUUCAGUGUUGAAAAAUGUAUUCUUUGGAGCCUAUGACCCCGGUAGAUGCAUCAGUAUUCUUUUUACAUAGGAAGUCUCCUCUUUGCCUUCUUCCUCAUAGAGGACCUCAUCAUUAUCAUCAAGCCAUUAUGAGUUCGUCGUGGCUAAAGGUGAUAUGCUAUCAAGCUGUGUAUAUCUGAUUGUUUUAUGAGUAAAACGGAACUGCGGAUGUCUGGUGGACCUUUAGCAUUGUUGCUGAGUUGAUGCCUCAGUGAUAACAGCUGAAAUAUAUGCAUACUUUUUUCCAUUUAUAUUGAUUUAGUUUCUUCACGCUGUCACGGCAAGCAGAUGUGAUUGCAUUAUGUCGCUUUCUCUGUCGUUUUUUCAUUUGUUUUAUUAUUCAUGUAAAUUUUCUUUUCCACCCUUGGGUUCAGCUGUACUUCAACAUUUCAAGAACUCACCAGCUGAUAAUUUAUGCAUCCAUUAGUUGCCUUAUUUAUGUGCCCAUGUGAGAUUUCUCUCUCAGUUAUCUUUGACUGUGAGAUUACAUUCACACUUUUUAUUUCCAUGUGCUUGCAUCUUUGUAGCAAAAAAGGAAGGAUCGUUGAAGCAUUUUCCCGAUCAAGGGGAAGAUCUAGAAGCCGUAGCCCUAGGCCAAGGUGAAGGCCAUUUCCUCGUCUCACUUUUCAUGUUGUCCCUUGCCUAAUGUACUUCAUGACGUAUUUUUUUUGGUUUGUACACAUGAUUUCAUCAUCCUAGUAGUCAUGGACUAACGUGGGGUGACAGCAUUAAUCAAAUUUAAUAUCUUUAUUCUUUUUCUGAAGAUUUCUAUCACAAGCAUUAACAUUGGUUGAGUAACUAUGUUUACAUGUAGGCACCGAGAUGAUUACAAAGAUAGAGAUCACAGAAGACGUAGCCGCAGCCGCAGCCGUAGUCGGAGCCGAGGCAGGUAUGAGCGUGAUAGAUACAGUACUAGGCAAAGGGAUCAUCCGCGCCACAGCAGUAGGAGUCGGAGCAGGAGCAGGAGCCUUAGCCGGAGUCAAAGCAGAAGCAGGAGCAUGAGUCCCGGUGAAUAUAAGGGUCGUGGUGGAGGAAAGGUUGGUGAACGGCGGAAUAGGAGUCGAUCUAUUGAUAGGUAUAUAAGAAAUUGAUUACCCACAAUAAUUUUCUGCUUCAGACGGUCGUUUUAAAAUGACCAUCCCUCCCAUAGCUUCCAUUUGACAGUCGCAUAACUUUUGUAUGUAGUGCAUCACCUGCUCGGCGCAGUCCUAGUCCUGAGAGGAGUUUAUCUCCACGCAAGAGCCCCGGUGAAAAUAGCCCUGAGAAGGGUGAUGGUGACCGAUCCCCAGUUCGAAGUGUCUCACCUAAGCUUAAAAAAGCAGAUUCUCGAAGCCCUUCUCCCCACAGUUCGGACCAGGUAUUCACUGAGCUUCUCGCGUUCAGCGUGCCAUUCCCAAGUUGGUUUGUUUCUUCCUUUUUCAUUUCUCCUUUGUCCUGCAGACUUGAGAGAGGGCUCCUUUGGCUUUGCAUCUAUGGAGAUGCCACGAGCUUUGCCACCCCAUCAGAGGAGCGCUUCUUUGUUGUGGAAACUUUAAACAGAAGAACUGUGUUGGUUCAGCUGUGGAUCGGGUCGCUCAGGUUGAUCCUCCUGCAGGUUUUAUUUUGCUGAUAGUCGUGGCAGCAUUCUCUCGCAAGGAACUAGGUGUUAAAACUGAUGGUAAUGAUUUUGAAGGCUUUUGAUUAUGUGAACUUUCAAAACUUUCAGUUUGUGCCCGCCCUCUGUUUUAAUUUACAGCGCUGUUCUGUACCUUGCUUCUUGUCAGCACACUACAUGUUUUUUUUAUUCACAGAUGGAUGAUGAGGGGUUGUUGUCGUGAUGUUGGUGAUGACCGUGAAUUUGGGAUGAUGUUGACUUUCUUCUUGAUGACGAUGAUGAUGACGACGACGAUCCUUUUCGAUAGAAUUCAACACCCUGGACACCAAGAAAGAUAAUCUCUGUAUUAUUGCAAUAAUGUAUAAUGGCUGAAAAUUCGACUAGAGCUGUACAUAUAUAUAUAUAUAUAUAUAUAUAUAUAUAUAUAGAUCGUAGUUGUAGCUUUUAUUUAUCAAAUACCAUCCAUCAGGGAAAUUUAUGGCUCAUCCCGAAGGUAGAAAUUAUUGGCCAUUCUUUUAGUAAUGCUAGUAAUGCUGCGGAUGCCUAGUCGCCGUGAUAAUAUACCCUGAAUAUUAUUAGCUGGGUACCCUGAAUAUAUUUCGACAGUAUCAUGAAGCUAUUAUACAAUAUCAUGAAGCAUGAAUGA